AUGGCUACCGCGGAAUACGAGAACGAGAACGGUCGCUACGAUGACGAACCUCGUUUCGACCGCGACCGCAGUGCCUCUCCCCGUGAAGAUUCGCGUGGAGAGCGUACUCGUAGCAGAUCUCCCAACGGUCGUGCUUCUGACCGAGCUCCUCCCUCUGGCCCGCGCAAGGAUGAUGAAGACGAGGGUGCAGUGAACCCUGGCUCGAAUCUCUUCGUCACCGGUAUCAAUCCGCGCCUGACUGAAGCGGAUGUCUCGCGUCUCUUCGAGAAGUACGGCGAUGUGGAGAACUGCUCGAUCAUGGUUGACCCUCACACCAAGGAGUCCCGUGGCUUUGGCUUCGUCAAGAUGGUCACUGCUGAACAGGCCGACGCUGCCAAGGAGGGACUCCAGGGCGAGGUCAUUGAAGGUCGUACUCUGAGCAUCGAGAAGGCGCGUCGUAGCCGCCCUCGUACUCCUACUCCAGGAAAAUACUUUGGACCCCCUAAGCGUGAAUUCCGUGGACCUCCCCGUCGAGGUGGUGACCGUUAUGAUGACCGACGUGGUGGCGGCUACGGAUAUGGUCGUCGUGGUGACGAUCGGUACAGCCGCUACGAUUCCUACAGUGACCGUAGCCGGGACUAUGACCGCGGUUACGGACGACGCGACUACCGUGACUACCGUGAUGACUAUGGUGGCAGUGGCAGCUACCGCGGAAUCGACCGCUACUCUGGCCGCGGUGAGGACCGUUACAGCCGGGAUGAGCGCCGUGGUGAAGACCGCCGUGGAGGAGAUGACCGUCGCGGUGGUGGUGGUGGUUACUACGAUCGCGAUGCUAACCCUCCUAGCUAUGAUUCAGCUCCCGCGCGCGACUCUCGUGACGCCUACUCGAGCCGUUCCUACGACGGCGCUCGCAGCGGCGAAGACCGAUACUCAGGUAGGUAG